AUGCUCAAAAGAACUAUUCUUACAGAUUCUCAAAAAUGUGAACUUUGUAUAUAUGCUUGUGACAAUAAAUUAACUCGAUCCCAUUCUCAAAUUAUUAAUUCAAAUGCCAAGCAUCAUAAAGUGGUAACAUACCUAGAACUUGACCAAGCUCUAAAAGAAUUUGUACUAAUUUAUCAAAAUAAAACGAUUUUAAGUGAUGCAAUACUUGUCGAAAAAGCCAAACUACUUGCUAAUGGCUUGAGAAUUCCUGAGGGUGUGUUAAACUUUUCUCAUGGUUGGCUUGAUAAGUUUAAAGAUCGAAACAAUAUUCAUCAAUGUAAACUUGAAGGGAAAGCAGAGUCAGCAGAUGAAAGCAACCUCCAGAAUCCAACCACUGGAUGCUGGAAUCAUAAUGAGCUUCAAGAAACACUACUGUCAUCUUCAUAUUCGCAUGUAGAAAAGGGUGAACAUGCUGAUGGACUAAAAAUAGAUGUAUUGCAAGCUAUAUGUUUCAUCAUUCAAGGCUGGGAUGAAGUCACUGCUGAAACAAUUUGCAACUGCUGGUGUUAUAUGAAUAUCCUCUCUAUUGAUACUAAUGCUAAAUUAUAUAGUAUUACAGAUAAUGUUCAUCAGACUAUAGAUCUGGCACUUGAUGAUCUUACCAAUGCACUUGAAGACCUCCAUAUUCACUUUGAUGACCCAAUGUCAGUUGAAGAGUUUCUUUCUAUCUCUGCAGAAGAUGUUGUUUAUGAAAUUCCUGCAAAUGACCAAGUUAUUGAAGAACUUAUAAAAACUUUCAAGCCAGUCGAUUUAGCUUGUGAUGAUUUGAAAGAUGAUGACAGUAUUGAAAUCUCUUUAAUUAGCAUCGAUAUGGCGAUUACAAGCUUGAAGACUGUGUCUAUGUUUUUGCUUCAACAAGAUGAAGCAAAUGAGUAUGUUAAGAUUAUUAAAAAAAUUGAAAAAUUUCUUAAAAAAAAAAAAAUAAACUGA